UCCUCAAGGGCUACUUCUGUCUCUAGAAACCUGCUUUCGGCCAGCAUUCCAUUCAGGCAAUGCCACGGGCAGCCCGAAGGCCCUUGUAAGGCGCGCGCCGUGGCCCCGCCCCCUUCCUUUUGGCCGGAACCGCCAUCUUUCAGUAAUUUGCCAAAAUGACGAACACAAAGGGAAAGAGGAGAGGUACCCGAUACAUGUUCUCUAGGCCCUUCAGGAAACAUGGAGUUGUUCCUUUGGCCACAUACAUGAGAAUCUACAAGAAGGGUGAUAUUGUAGACAUCAAGGGAAUGGGUACUGUUCAAAAAGGAAUGCCCCACAAGUGUUACCAUGGCAAAACUGGAAGGGUCUACAAUGUUACCCAGCAUGCUGUUGGCAUUGUUGUGAACAAGCAAGUUAAGGGCAAGAUCCUUGCCAAGAGGAUUAAUGUGCGUAUUGAGCAUAUUAAACACUCUAAGAGCCGAGACAGCUUCCUGAAACGAGUGAAGGAAAAUGACCAGAAAAAGAAGGAAGCCAAAGAAAAAGGAACGUGGGUUCAACUGAAGCGCCAGCCUGCUCCACCCAGAGAAGCACACUUUGUGAGAACCAAUGGAAAGGAGCCUGAACUAUUGGAACCUAUUCCCUAUGAAUUCAUGGCCUAGAGAUGUAAAAAAAUAAAAGACCUCUGAACUAUAAAAAUGACUUUGAGUAGAAGCAUGGUGUAUAUUCCCAAAUCUAUAAAGAAAACUUUGUCUCCCCAUU